AGUAGAUGCGUUUUGCUGGUCGGUUAAAACGGUACAAUAUUAAAAAUACGAGCACAACGACCAUUUCAAAAUAAUGUCGUAAAUAAUUGUAAUAAACCGCUAAAUUACAUUUAGAUAAUUUAUGGAAAAUUUUAUCGAAUUUGUAAUAUCAAUUGUAAAAUUAUUUAAUAAGAAAAAAGUGUCAUAAAAUAAUUUAAAAGUAUAUACAAAUUAAUUAUUAUAAAAAAUUCUGUUGAAAAAAAUACAACUGAAUAUCUUAUAUACAUAAAUUAUACAAAUGUGUUCAUUUAUAUGUACAUGAUUAUAAAAUAUCCAUAUGUAUGCGUACAAAAGUGUUUUAUAUACUAGUGUUUCGUGUUCUUUUUUAGAUAAAUCCUUUUUGGCAUUCACAGCGGGUAACAUUUCUUUAAUUUUCUUCUUGAAAACUGUGAUGCGUACUGACGCGAUUCUUCGACGAACAAAAUUUCAUGAUUUCUAUGCAAAUAGUUUUCAGAUUUUAAUGUUGGCAUUAAGUUCUAUUCCCUGUCUCCUCGCUGCUGUUUAAAACAUUUUCCAUAAGACAUAUUGAGACUUCAAAAAAGGCUACAAUUUAAAUGUUCAAGAAUUCGCCGAAAUACUAUAAUAUAAAAAUCUUAAAUUAAAGUUUCCCCAAAUCAAAAAUGAAAAAACCAAAAUAUGUAUAAUUAAAACUAACAAAAAUAAACUAAAUGAAAUCAAAAUAAAGAAAUUAAAUUCUAAUAUAACUGGCAGUAAAUCACAAAAAUCAUCAACAAAUUCCCAUAAGUAAAAAUACAGCAGAACACAAGGAACGCUAAAAUAUCAACAAAUUUCUGUAAAGAAAAUAAAAACAAAUCAUUAAAAAUACAUAGCACUAAAUAGGAAACAAAAUAAACACAAUAUGUAGUGGAGUUAAAUGGUAGAGAUAAUUAGCAACAUUUCCAGGCAACAAUGUUGACAAGCAACAUGUUGCUUUAAACCAGAACAAAAAUAAAAAACAAGUUCCAAUAAGAAAUGUUCUUUUAUUUUUUUAUUUUGUCAGCUGUAUACAAAGAAAAACUCUGCAACAAAGGGAAAACUCAUUCAAACACACACAUCUAUCUACACAAGCAAGUGAUUGUGGAAUGGAAAAGUGAGAAAGAAUUUUGUAUAGCUGCGAGUGAGUGUGUGUUUUUUAGAAGGCCUACAACGGCAACAGACAUAUGGGAGGUUUUGUUGUUGUGUUUGUUGUGCCAAAGAUUAGUUGCACAUGUAACGGUUCCGGGAAGAGUUGGUAAAACGGAAGUGUAACGAACCUAGAAAAACACUAAGGCCAAACAAAGGAAGAACACAAAAAUUUACGUGAAUACUUGAAAAACCAGAAAAAAUUAAACGUUAGAGAGUUGUGAAAGUGAAUAAAAUUUGACAAAAGUAAAUUAAGUGAAUUUAAUACAAUAAUUUAAACAUAUACAAAAUAAAUUGAAUAGAUAAAAGAUUUAAAUAGUUUUCUUAAAAAAUGCCAAAAUAUAUUUUUCAACUGUAAGAGUGUUAGAAUAUUUGUAAAAACAAAAUAAAAAACCUUCAAAAACAUAAAACUAAUAAAGAAAUAAAAUAAAAAUUGAAAGAAUAGAACUUAGAGUUAUAAUAUAAAACUAAGUACAUAAAUAAAUAAAAUCAUGCAAGUAAUAGAGAAUAAAAAUAAAAUUAAAUUAACAGACUCAACCUGUUUGUGUAAUAGUUAUAAUCAUGUCGGAAAACAUAAAUGCAACAUGUUGUUAACACUAGAAUCUAACAACAACAGCAGUAAUGGUACUAACAAGAGCAACAACAACAACAACUACAAUAAUAAUUGCUUAACAAGUAUGACAUGUUUGUGUGGGUGUAUUUCUUGUUGUCACUCAAAAGCAGCAACAAAAGCAACAUCCCUGACAACACCAACAUUGUCAUCAUCAUCAACAAAUACUAUAAUUUCGUCAACAGAAACAAAAAUAUCAACAACAAUGAAAGCAUCAACAUCAGCCUCAUCAUCGUCCACUAAGGACAACUCUAAUUACAUGCAUUGUGCAAAUGCAUUCAACAUACACACAUGCUACAAUUGUGACAUCAACAAAGAAAACAACAACAGUGACAGAUGUUGCAAUAUGAACAGUACAAGAAGCAACAGUUUAUACAAAACAACAGCCAGCAACAGUUUUAGAAAUUGCAUCUUAAGCAUCAACAACAAUUUAAACAGCAUCAUCAAGUAUGUCAUUGUUUUGAUGUUCCUCACAUGUUGUGAUUUAUCUCAGGCUGCAUUACGCGAUGUAAAUUUAUACAUUGAACCACCAGCUGUCCGACAAAACCAAUCGGUAACAUUACGUUGUCAUUACACCAUAGAAGGGGCACCACUGUAUUCAGUAAAAUUCUAUCGUGGACAAUUAGAAUUCUUCCGUUAUACUCCAGGCGAAUAUCCGAAUACUAAAGUAUUUCAUUUUCCCGGCAUAAAAGUGGAUGAAAGUGUUUCGAAUGCCACCCAAGUUGUUAUACGCAAUGUGAACUUUGGUCUAUCUGGAACUUUUUCUUGUGAAGUAACAGCCGAUGCACCAUUAUUUUCAACCGCCACAGCAUAUGCUCAAAUGCAAGUUGUCGAAUUUCCUGAUAAACGACCACAACUAUUUACGGAACUUACACGCUAUGAGCCGGGUGAUGUAUUGCGUGCUAACUGUAGUACACCACCAUCUAGACCCAGGGCAGAAUUACGGUUUACCAUAAAUAAUAUACCGGUAUCUUCGGAAGAAACACAAUACAUUAGAACAGUUGACAAUUUAAUUGCGUCGAGACUGAGUCUUAAAGUGCAAUUGCAGGCUAUACAUUUUGCUGUUGCUGCCGUCACCAUUGGCAAUGGUAAUUCACACAUGAUAAAUGCUUUAAAUAGUGGUAGUGUGGGUUCAACUUCCACUUCUUAUAGUGGUUCUGCUGGUAGCGGAGGUUCAGCCUCAGGAGGUGCUUUACUAUUACGUUGUACAGCACAAAUUGAUGAUUUGUAUCAGGAAUAUAAAGAAAUUGAAUUAGGAACACCACAAAAAGAUCCUGUACCAGCUAGAGUGACAUCAUCUGGCGGUGGAUUUAGAGGAUUUCUGGAGACAUAUUUUGGUCCUAGCUCUGGGGCGGAAAAAUUUAAUUUCAAGCAUCUUAAAUUGCUUUUAACAACCAGCAGUAUAUUAAUAAUAUUUUUUACAUUUUAUCAAUCUAGAUAGUUUAUUAAAUGAGUAAGAGUAUUAAAAUCACUUGAAUAUUAUAACGUGUAAAAUAAUAAAAUUAAAUGAAAUAAUACAUUUAUACCCAUAAAAUAAUAACAUUAAUUAUAAAAACAAAUUAAAAAUAAUACAAUUAUAAAAGGCUUAAAAAGUUUUAUUUUUAAUAAAACAUAAAAUAAUUAUUUUAUAAUAUUGAAAUAAUUAAAAAGAAAAAAAAUGAUUUUGUUAUUAAAAACUUGUUAAAAAAUUUAAUUUACAUACAUAAAGUAGAAUUAUGCACAAAACCACACACUAAGACACAAACAGAUACACACACACACGCGCCUGCAUAAACAAAAUAAUGCAAAGCUUAUUUAGUUAAUAAUAUACAUUUAGUAUGUAAUUAAUUUAUAUAAUUAAAUAAAUAGUUGCAAUAAUAAACAUUGCGAUAAAAGGAAAACAACUACUCUUUCAAGUGUAUUGAAAUCUAUUGAAAAAAUUAAUAAAAAAUACAGCAUUAACAAAUUAAAAUAAACAAAAAACAUCAAUGUAAUAGUAAUAUCUCAUGUAUUUAUGUAUGUGUUGCGAUGACAUUUUGUUUUUCAUUGCAUUUUAUCAUACAAACCCUACAGGCAUAAUCAAAAAAAAAUAUAAGUCCAAAACAUUAUGACAAAUAAAAAAAUUUUUUUUUUUACUUGUUAUUGUAAAUAAUUAUUUAAAACACAAAACUAAGUAAUCACACAUAUUUACUUUAUAGACAUGCAUGCAUACAUACUUUACUUUGUAAUAAUUAAAUAUCUAUUAUCGAAUAACUGAAAUAUUCAUAAAAUUAAAUAAAAAACGAAUGAAAAAUUAUAAAAUAAAUGUAUAACCCAGUAAAUA